CUGACUGGAUUCGGAGUAAAAUGAAGUCCGACACGGACUUUGCAAUAAGAGUCCGUAAGGUACUGAUACUAGGAGUUGGUGUCUACACCAUGUUCGCUGUUCCUUCUAAUUCCCACAAUGACACUAUAAUCCAAAGGCAACAACUCAGAUAUAGGGAGCUACUACAAUCGCAAUCUGAUAUUUUCAAGUUAGGAUUCUUUCGAUUUCCUAGCGUGGAAAAUGAAUCCUACUUGGGAUUGUGGUACAAUAAUGAAAGGUUCGAAGGUGAUGUCUACGAUAUCGGUGGGUCUUAUUUAUUGUGGACUGCAAACCGAGACUCCCCAAUCUUGAACGAUUCUGCAUAUCUCACGGUUAACGGUCAUGGAAACCUGAAGAUUUUAGCCAGGGAGACAGAGGUAAUCACUUUAUACUCAACUAAGGCUUCCAUUAAUGCUAGUGCCAUUCUGCUGGACGAUGGCAAUUUUGUACUCCGGCAGCUGAAUCCAGACGGAUCUGUGAAGGGCACUCUAUGGCAAAGCUUUGAACAUCCCAUGGACACUCUUCUACCCGGAGUGAAACUAGGAAUUACAACAAAUCUGACAUCGAGGAUUAGUUAUAAUUCCCUUGCCUUAGGCCACUUUACACUCGCUUAUGACAAAGGUUGCCUAAAGCCAGAACUUGCGGAGUGCAGGCGUACCAUUCAUAGCGAUGCUAAUAAUGGAUACUUUAUCGAGAGGUAUGGCUCAAUGUCCAUCGAUGGAUUCAGAUUCAACAAGAGCGACAGUCUGACUCUUGUUGAUUGGAAGAAAAUGUGGCUAUGGCUAACCAUCACAGUUGGAGGAAUAAUGGUCUUACCCAGUUUGUUCUCGUACUGCUAUUUGAUUAGGAAAAAAUGCGUUUCAAAGGAUGAAAAUAUUAACGAGAGAAUGCUAAUAAAAGAAUUGGAAGGCAGUGAGGUUCCUUCCAUCCCAUUUGGAAAACAAAAAACCCAUAAGAAAGAGAGAAAUGACCUGAUGGCAUUCAGCUUUGAAAGCAUUGCCUCCUCUACAAACUAUUUUUCAACUGCAAAUAAGCUAGGGGAGGGCGGAUUUGGACCGGUUUAUACGGGGAUAUUACAUGACAGGAGAGAAGUUGCAAUAAAGAGGCUCUCCACCGGUUCAGGACAAGGAGUGACUGAGUUCAAGAAUGAAGAACUAUUAAUUGCAAAGCUCCAGCACAAUAAUCAUGCGAGGCUUCUAGGCUUUUGCAUUCAAGGAGAAGAAAAAAUAUUAAUCUAUGAGUAUAUGCCAAACAACAGUUUGGAUUCCUUUCUGUUUGGUAAACUUUUUUGGAUGAGAACUCUAUUGUAUUGGAUUUGUAACUUACCAAUUCAUGAAAUUAAUGCCACAAAUAUUGAUGCAAAUGUUGCUAAAAAGAAAAUAUUGAAUUGGAAGAGACGUUUCAUUAUCAUCGAAGGGAUUGCUCAAGGCCUGCUUUAUCUUCGUAAGUAUUCCAGAUUGAGAGUAAUUCAUAAAGACUUAAAGGCCAGCAACAUUUUACUUGAUGAUAAGAUGAAGCCAAAAAUAUCUGAUUUUGGAAUGGCUAGAAUUGUUGGACAAAAUGAACCUGAAGAAAAUACAAGUAAAGUUGUUGAAACCUAUGGUUAUAUUUCUCCUGAAUAUGCUUUUCAUGGACUCGUUUCAAUCAAAACCGAUGUAUUUAGCUUUGGAGUUCUACUGCUAAAGCUUGUAAGUGGCAGGAAGAACACUAGCCACUAUCAUCAUGAGCAUCCCCUGAACCUUGUAGGAUUUGCAUGGCAGCUUUGGAAUGAUGAUAGAGGUUUGGAGUUAAUUGAUCCCACUUUGGAAGAAAUUAGGCCUCAUGAUCAAAUUUUAAGGUGCGUGCAUAUUGGCCUCCUUUGCGUGCAAGAUCAUGCUGUGGAUAGACCUACUAUGUCUGAUGUUGUUUCUAUGCUUUCAAAUGAGGCCAUGUCGCAGCCAAAACCGAAAGAACCAGCAUUUUUGACACCUACUACAAUUGUGAGAGAAAAGGGUGCUACUGAAAUCAACACAGAAAACUGUCCUGGAUCCAUAAAUCAUGUUUCAAUUUCAGUGAUGGAAGCUAGAUGAUUGUCAGAUGCAGAUGUCUAUAUGAUAUUUAUCUAUGUAAUUGUGGGUGCUGGGAUUUCAUUUUGUGAUUAUAAUUCCAAUUUAGGGUGGUUUCAAUAAUGACCAUUUAGGUCA